AUGAUCAUUCCGAUUCGCUGUUUCUCAUGUGGCAAGGUUUGUAUACCCUUAAAUCCCUUCUUAUUUGUAGGCCUAAUUUAAUGUGCGAUUUUACAUAGGUUGUCGGUGAUCUCUGGGAGCGGUACCUCAAGCUUCUUGAAGAUGGUGUCGCGGAGGGGUAUUUGUUCCGCCUCUCAUCUAUACAAACAUACCUGACUCGUUUCCUAUAGGGAUGCUAUGGACCAACUUGGGUGCAAGCGCUACUGCUGCAGGAGAAUGUUGAUGACUCAUGUAGACCUCAUUGAGAAGCUCUUGCGGUAGGCUCCCUAAUUUCUGCGGAAUGGCACUUAUUGACGCUCGACUGCUCAGAUACAACCCACAAGAGCGUACCAGGAUCGGCCGUGGU